UUAUAUUUCAUGGGAAUAGUAUUAUAUUUAACGGAAAAAGACAAAUAUGGACAAGAUUUUAGACAUAGUAAAAAGGAAUAAGUCGUCAGUUUCCUCCAAGGAUGAUCAGAAUAAGUACCGAUGUGGGUGUAUUUUAGGACGUAGACUUGAUGAUGCAGUUAAAGAGGCAAAUGACAAGGAUGUUGAAACAUUUUGUACUUGUAACGUCCAUAAUAAACCGUUGACAAUAUUUUACGAAAUGGAAUUUUACUGUGAUAUAUGUAAACCAAAACAAAAUGAUUCCUGUCACAAUUUUCCACCAGAGAAGAAAAUAUCGGAAGAAGAAAACGUGCAGUUCAAACAAUCGCUUUUAGAUUUGUCGAAUUAUAAGAGCUAUCUAAUAUAUAAUACAGAUGCCGCACUGGCCCCGUCUCUGUUGCUUCAAAACGUAGAAGAUAAAAUAGUAAAUUGUUAUAAAAUGGAAAGCAAAUGCCUCAGACUUAUGACUUAUAUUGAAUAUUAUCCGGAAAAAGCUCUUGACAAGAACGUUCUUGUUAAAUUAAAGACAUUAAGACAUAUUCUGAACACAGCUCUGUCCAACUUCAUUCCUGAUGAAUAUAAACAGUACGUAACGAUAUCUACAUCCGAAUUUGAAGCAAUGAACUUAUGUAUAUGUGGCAAUAAGAGAAAGCCAUCACAUAACGUAGCUUUACAAGACACCGCUAGAACGGGGAUUUCUAAGGAGUUCGUUUCCAAAUUGAGUGGCUUUCUUUGUGAAUCUGACAUAAAUGUCCACACAGUUGAUGAGGAUCAGCAGAAUGAGUACAACUCCUACCCGUUGAUAGUUGUUUGUUUAAAUGAUAGCAGAUUAUUAACGGAUAUUUAUAACUCUCUUGACAAAGUACAACGUGAAGACAUGAGCCGUGUCGCUUUAAUUACCUUGCAUGUAAAGGCGGAUGAUUAUUCGGAACCUGGUGAUUCCGAUAGAGCUUUAAAAUCGCAAGAAAAGAAAAGAAUAAGACAACUGGGUUUGAUAACUGAUUGGUUCUACAAAGAGGAAAACAAAGAGAAAAAUAAAAGCACAAAAGAAGAAAUAAUAACAUUUAUCAAAAGAAAAAGAUAAUGAACCAGUUAAGAACACUUAAUGUUCUAUUAAGAAGUAUGUAUACAUAUAAUAUGUUAAUGUUCAUAUCUCGAACAUGAUAAAAAGUGGUGUCAAUAGACUAAACUAGUCAAAAUAAAAAGAAAGAAAAACAGAAAACAACAUCAAAAACAACAAAGAAUAUUAAAAAUAAGAAAACAAACAACAACAAUUAGUGCAAGAAAAGAGGGACACCUACUUAUUGCCAACUGAGAGCUUGUAAAAGAGAGUAGGCUAUUCACAGAAAUACAAAUAUCAAUGAUAUUUCUAGAACAGUAUUUGUAUCAUAUCCAUUGAUUAUAAUAAAUUUACA